UGCGCAGAAGCGCCUCCCGAGCCGCCAUCAUGGCCGACCAGUGGCCGGAGUGUGUGAGCCGUGUGAAGGGAGUGAUUUUAGACAUGUGUGGUGUUUUAUACGACAGCGGAGAGGGAGGAGGAGUGCCGAUUGAAGGCUCGGUGGAGGCCGUCAGAAGGUUAAAAUCCUCGGACCUGCAGCUACGUUUCUGCACGAAUGAGACGCAGGCCACGCGGGAGAAGUUCGUAGCCAAGCUGCAGCGUAUGGGCUUCGACAUCGACGUCAGAGAGGUGUUCUCCCCCGCUCCGGCCGUCGUGUCCGUCCUUAAGGAGCGCUGCCUCCGACCCCACCUGCUGGUGCAUGAUGAUCUGCUACCAGAGUUCGACGGUGUGGAUAAAUCCGAUCCAAACUGUGUGGUGAUCGGCGACGCUGCUGAUAAUUUCUCUUACCAGAACAUGAACGCUGCAUUUCACGUCCUCAUCUCACUGGAUAAACCGCUGCUGUUCUCCAUGGGCAGAGGACGUUAUUAUAAGGAGACAGACGGCCUGAAGCUGGAUGUUGGAGUGUAUAUGAAAGCUCUGGAGUAUGCGUGUGAUUUGGAAGCAGAGGUGGUGGGCAAACCUGCACCCAUGUUCUUCCAGAGUGUUCUCAAUGACAUGGGCAUCCAACCGCACGAAGCGCUGAUGAUCGGUGAUGAUCUGGUGAAUGAUGUUGGAGGAGCUCAGCGGUGUGGUAUGAAGGGUCUUCAGGUCCGGACGGGUAAAUACAGACGUUCUAACCGAUGGCCUUGCUGAUGAAAAGGAGACCGAGAGCGGAAGGUGAUGGAACAAGAACAGUCGACGUUGCUGUAAAAGGUUCAGGUGUUUGCCUUUGCCCGACUUCCUCUGUAUGCCAUUGGACUCCGGUGCAGCUCUGUAAGAAUGCCUGUGAAGUCUUUUGAUGGAAUGAUGCAGGGCUCUGACCUUCAUGUUUGGUUACAGUAUUCUGUGUAGCAUACGAACACACCUGUGUUUGCUCAGCUUGCUUUUCCCCUCUCCUUCACACAAACGGCCUUCUGUCACUCUCUCUCUCUCUCUCACUCUCUCUCUCAGUAAAACCCUUUUCAUGCACACAACUAUUCAUUUGCAAAGAUAUUUACCUCAACCUCUAAUCCCUCUGUGUGCUCUGACGGGCGUCCUGAGACCACCUGAGGUUACAGAGUAGCUCUGGGUUUAGCAUCAGAUCCCUACUCUCUGCUAAUCAUAUUCAUUACAUGUAAUAAAGCAUGAGUCCCUUAUACACUCUGGAUCCACCACAUUCCCGACCAUGAAUGAUGAAUGAAUGAAUGUAUAGAUGGAUGAAUGAUCUUGUGCAGUCUGGCUGCUACCUGCUACCAAUCUUUCUAUAUACUUUGUAUAGCAAACACCAAAAUGCACGCUAGUACAAAUUAGGUAGCAUAACCCUAUAAAAGCACAUUUAAAUUCAGAGUAGUCAAAAAUCUACACCCUACACUCAUCCCUUUCACGACAACGUGCGUCGUCAGCGGCUAUACGAUGUCGAGAUCCAUCUGAAGGACUCGCACACGACUGUUACAAUAGGCGCAAACA